AUGCUCCAAUUCCUCCUCGCCCUACUCUUUACCCUCACAACCACCCUCGCCAACGUCGAAAAAACCAUCUUCCUCGCCCCAACCCCGUCCCCCCUCUCCUCCUCCUCCAACAUAACCCCCGACCUCUCCGACCUAGGUCUAGACCUGCUCUCCCCCGAAAACACCAUCCUCCGAACAACGCUCAACGCCUCGUUCCCCUCCCCCGCGAGCCCCGAAGGCACAGAAUCAUGGUUUCUACUCGAGGGCCUGAAUCCGGGGCAGAGGUAUGAGGUGCGGGUUUGUUGGUUGGCGACUCAACCAACAUCAUUCAUGCUCUCAACAUACCCCCUCGACGCGAUAAUCGACGAACCAUCACUCCUCGCCUCAAUCAGCCACUUCUCCUCCGCACGCCUCGCCUCCGUCGACGGGAAUAAUCCGAAAGACAUCGUCCCGCAAGUUUCGAAUUCGCAUCACGCGCCUAGGCGCUCUCUGCGUCGUACCCAGUCGCGCGACUCUGACUCCGUGCUGUUCCUGCGCAUCCAUGCCGCCGCGGACUACUUUACAAAUGAGCAGGGGUUGAUGGAGAAUGUGCCGCCGGUUAUUGCGGAUGUCAUUUUGGAUCCCUUUUUGGGGAAUGUGUUUCCCAAGUCCCUUGUGCCGACGGCGUGUUGGGGGUUGCUUGUUGUUGUUGCGGCUAUAGGGAUUGCGAGGUGGGUAGUGAAGGAGUUUGGGAGGGUUAUUCUACAGGGUAUUGGAAAUGAGAGUGCUGCUGGCAGUACUGAGAAAAAAGGUCAGUAA